GAUGCAACUAUUUCAUGACAAAAUAUAAAACACCAGAAAAGAAAAAGCAGGUGCGAAUAGCAUCUCCCUAAUGGACAAUAAAACCCAUUUUGUGUUCAAUAGGAACUUCCCAAGCCCCAAUAGUUUCUUCACCUUCUUCUCCGCGAAGCAAAACAAUUUUCAAUUUCAAUUUGAAACCGAAUCAGUGAGUAACAACAACACAAAUGUCUUUGAUGCAACGAUACGGUCGAUGCAAAAGCGUGGUGAAACGUUCGAAGAAAUACUUAGAUGAAGCGCUUUACUUGAAGCUCUUCAAAGAUGGUGGGUCCCAACUCAAUGUUCGUCAGCAACUCAAUCACUUCAUCAAGAGUGGAAAGCGCGUUUACAAAUGGGAAGUUGGCGAUACUCUCAAAAAGCUUCGACAACGUAAACUUUAUCAACCUGCUCUUAAGCUUUCAGAAACCAUGGCUAAGAGGAAUAUGAUUAAGACGGUCAGUGACCAAGCUAUACAUAUUGAUUUGAUUGCAAAAGCUAAAGGUAUUGUUGCUGCUGAAAAUUAUUUUGUCAAUCUCCCAGAGUCUGCGAAAAAUCAUUUAUGUUACGGUGCCCUUCUGAACUGCUACUGCAAGGAAUUGAUGACUGAUAAAGCUGAAGGUGUCGUGGAAAAAAUGAAGGAUCUUGGCCUUCCUUUGAGUUCAAUGCCUUACAACAGUCUUAUGACUCUUUAUACUAAAGUAGGUCAACCAGAAAAGAUUCCAUCAAUGAUUCAAGAAAUGAAAGCUAGCAAUAUCAUGCUGGAUUCCUAUACAUAUAAUGUCUGGAUGAGAGCACUUGCUGCUGUGAAUGAUAUUUCUGGUGUUGAAAGGGUUAUCGAUGAGAUGAAGAGGGACGGUCGAGUCAUUGGGGAUUGGACAACGUAUAGCAACCUUGCAUCUAUUUAUGUUGAUGCUGGUUUGUUUGAGAAGGCAGAAGGAGCACUUAAGGAAUUGGAGAAGAGGAAUGCUUACAAAAAUCUGUCUGCUUACCAGUUUGUAAUUACAUUGUAUGGGCGAAUCAACAAAAUAUAUGAGGUUUAUAGGGUAUGGCGUUCUCUUCGGUUAGCAUUUCCUAAAACUGCAAACAUAAGCUAUCUGAAUAUGAUUCAGGUUUUGGUUAACUUGAAAGAUCUCCCGGGUGCAGAGAAAUGUUUCCGUGAGUGGGAAUCUACGUGCAAUACUUAUGAUAUUCGAGUUGCUAAUGCUCUCAUAGAGGCAUAUGCAAAAUUGGAUAUGCUGGAGAAGGCUGAAGAGCUAAAGGAGCGUGCUCGGAGGAGGGGGGCCAAGCCUAAUGCCAAAACCUGGGAAAUAUUUUUGGAUUGCCAUUUGCGAAAAGGAGACUUUAAGUUGGCAGUGGAUUGUUUAACCGAAGCAAUAUCUAUCGGUAGAGGGAAUGGUGAAAAAUGGGUUCCAUCAUCUGAGACAAUUGGUAUUAUGAUGAGGCACUAUGAACAAGAGAAGGAUGUUGAUGGUGCAGAGGAAUUUAUAGAGAUCUUGAAGAAAUCUGUGGAUUCCGUAGGGGCAGAGGUGUUUGAAUCAUUGAUAAGAACUUAUGCAACUGCCGGUAAGACCAGUUCUUCUCUGCAACGACGAUUGAAGAUGGAGAAUGUGAAUGUGAAUGAAGACACUCAGAAAUUGCUUGAAGCUAUCUCUGUGGAGUGAUUCGUAUGAUACUUUAAUCCUUAAAGUUUUGAUUGCUGUAAAUCGAGAUGAUGCUGUGUUCUUGCUGCUCAUUCUGCGCUGCCAAUAAAAUUUGGUAUUUCAAUUCUCCUUCAUUUCCUUUAUUUUUAAAUUUAAUCAAAUGGGCUUGUGAAUAAUAGUUAUUGGCAUGCUUACUGAUCCAUAAUAUAUCAAGAUUAGUCUUUUGUUAUUGUUGACAAAAGCAUAUGAAAAAUAGUCUUGACUGUGACACAUUCAUUUUUAUAGGGAUUUGAAAUACUUUAUAUGUAUAACUAGACUGUUGUUAUCUUUCAAGGAAUGGGAUCCAAUUGAAACUUUUACCCUUCAAGUCAUGGGAUCCAACCGAAUGCAACAGAUAGCAGUGUAUUGAUCCAUUCUAUCUUGUUUUAUUUUUUAAAAUUAUGUUUUGACUUUGUUGCAAUUUAUUUUCUUAUUUUUGUUUCAGCAAGCUUUGUUUACUUUUUCAAAAGAAAAAAGAAUAAUGUUUGCGCCAUUUAAUCUAAGGAGCUUUAAGAUACCAAUUAUUGGGAACCCAAUAUUUUGUUGAUGUUGUAGCCCAUUGGAAUGUAACCAAUAUGCGUAUUGCGGUGAUCUUUGCGCAGUUGAUAAUUAAUAUAAAGUUCUCUGAGUAUGUGUUCUCAUUUA